AUGGUUGACGUCUACACUGUUCUCAGCAAUGAAAGAUACACCGAGAGCCUCUACAGCUCAUAUCUUGGCUUAGUCCCCGAUUUUGGCGUCGGCUUUGCCAUUCUCUCCGCCGACACCGAGGCUCCGACUGAUCUCAAUGCGCAGGCCGAUAGUAUCGGUGACGUCGUUCUAGAGGCGUUGAUGGUGACUGCUAUUGAGCAGGCAGCAGAGAACUUUGGUGGCGUCUACAAGUUGGCGGCGAUCAAUUCGUCCAUCACGGUUUCUCUACGAUACCCUUCCGGGGUUAUACAUCGAUGGAUUCAACAGCAACGGCACCGACUUUUGCGAAACGCUCGCUGA